AUGAGAUUAGUCGAGAAAGGGACUUCUCCAGACUUUUGCGGUGGGGUUCGAAGUUCAAGCGACUUGAGACUUGAAUUCCUUGGCUCAAACUCCCACCUUUUUCACCAGGUCCUCAACCCGAUCAUCUACAAAAAUCACUCUCAAAAUACCCUCGAACCAGCUUUAUUUUGGGCUGCUAAGCGAGGCAAGCUGGCUGCCUGCAUUCGCCUCCUGAGCGAGGGUGCCGAUCCCAACAUCAUAGACUCAGAUCGCAGAACUCCUUUGUCAUGGGCAGCCCAGAUCGGACAUGCAGACGUCGUCUCAGCUCUGUUAUCUGCGAAAGAAACGGACCCCAACACACCUGACAAGGACCUCCGCACUCCUCUCCUUUGGGCAGCCGGCAAGGCCGUGCAUCAUAUCGACCGGGGUACAUUCUCCAGAAUCUCUCCGGGCACUGAUCAGUUCAUAAGGGGUGAUCAUCUUGCCGUUGUCAAGGCACUGCUCUCUGUCGAGGGCAUCCAAGUUGAUCGGCCAGACAACCGCGGGCGAACGCCUUUAACGGUCGCAGCUGGCUCGGGAGCAGAGAGUGCAGUGGAAGAGAUACUGCGCACCGGGAAAGCAGAUCCAAACUCCAGGGAUGUGUUUAGGCAAACGCCUCUGAUGCAAGCGGUUUCCAGUGGGAGUAUGAGUAUCUUCAACCGCCUCAUCAGUAUUGAGGGUUUGGAAGUUGAUACCAAAUCCUGCUUUGGACCUACUGCUUUCCUGGAAGCUGCGAGUAACGGAAACGUGGAGAUCAUGAAAAUACUUCUUGCGAUGCCUCAAGUGGAUCCAGCAGAAGUACCUUGCUUUGGGGAUUCGGCUUUGAUGAAUACUAUUUGCGAGGGACACACAGAUGCUGUGAGUCUACUUCUUGCUGACGAGAGAAUUGAUCCGAACAUUACAAACAAAGCCGGCAUCCCUCCGCUGGUGAGAGCCGCAGAACGUCAACGGACGCAUAUCAUGCAAAUGCUUCUUGACAAAGGGGCGGAGCCGGAUGCCAAGGACAGGCAGGGGAGCACGGCUCUUAUGGUUUCUACCGAGAAGGGCAAUAUUGAAGCAAUCCAACUCUUGCUCGCCACUGGACGAGUCAACGCCGACUUCGAUUUGACGGAAAGGACUGGAUAUUCUCCGUUUACGUCCGUUUCAUUAGACAAUCUGAAUCAAGCUGUGCUGAAGAUUUUGGAUGAGCACAAGAGGCGGCAUCGCAUCGAUCUUGCGCCAGAAUCUUGA